CCUUGCGGAGGCGUGGAAGCGUGGACCCGCCGCCGCCCCGCUCGCGCGAGCCACCGAAACACACGAAGCCGCCGAAGCAAAAGCAAGCAGAGACCAAGCCAAACAGCGCUACCACCUGCACCAAUCUUGCUGCUCACAACCCCACCAACUACAUCAGAGCACUGGUUCCCGAUUCCCGCCGAUGGCGUCGUCGUCGCCGCACGUGUCCACAGCGCGGCAGCCGCUGCGCAUCCCCGGGGAGCGCGCCAAUGGAGCCGCGGUGGCGGCGGCGGCGCUGGGGCUCCCGCGGAGGGAGGCGCGGGUCGCGCUGCGGGCGCACGCGCGGCGGAUCGAGGCCGCGGCGUGGGCGGCGGUGGAGCCGAGGACGAACAGCGGCGGCAGGAGGAGGGGGGAGGCGGCGGUGUGCGCGGCGGCGGGGCAGGUCGCGGGGAGGAGCGCCGGGGUGGGGAGGAGCGCCGGGACGGAGGUGGCUCUCGCCACGGCGGCGGUCGUGGCCAUGGGCACCGGGAACCGCGUGCUCUACAAGCUCGCCCUCGUGCCGCUCCGCCAGUACCCCUUCUUCCUCGCGCAGUUCGCCACCUUCGGCUAUGUUGUUGUCUAUUUCUCAAUCCUGUAUCUUCGAUAUCAAGCUGGCACUGUUACAGAUGAGAUGCUUUCUCUACCACAGAAACCUUUUAUACUUGUGGGUCUCUUAGAGGCUCUAGCAGCAGCAGCAGGGAUGGCUUCCGGAGCUGUUCUGUCCGGGGCUUCAAUACCAAUAUUGUCACAGACCUAUCUUGUAUUUCAGCUUCUUUUGUCUGCUAUUUUUCUAAAGAGGCGAUAUAGAGUUAAUGAGAUAACAGGAUGCUUUCUAGUGACAGUUGGUGUGGUAAUAACUGUAGCAAGUGGAUCUGGUGCUGGAGCUUCAUUACAAAGUACUGGAAUUUUGUGGCCACUUCUGAUGAUACUAUCAUUCUUUCUGCAAGCUGCCGAUACAGUAUUGAAGGAGAUAAUAUUUAUAGAUGCUGCCAAGAAUUUGAAGGGUGGCUCAGUUGAUCUUUUUGUCGUCAACUCAUAUGGCUCUGCUUAUCAAGCUAUUUUUAUGUGUCUCCUGUUGCCAUUCUUGUCAAAGUUAUGGGGUAUUCCAUUCCAUCUACUGCCAACAUACAUCAGAGAUGGUGCAGCCUGCUUUCUGAAUAUGGGAUCAUUAUCUUCUGGUUGUGAUGGGGCGCCGCUGCUACCUCUACUAUUUGUUUUGGUUAAUAUGGGAUUCAAUAUAUCUUUGCUACAUCUACUGAAGAUAUCUUCUGCUGUUGUAUCUUGCCUAGCCUCUACAUUCUCAGUUCCAUUGUCCAUCUACGCUUUCACCCUACCACUACCUUACAUCGGCGUGGCGUCGACCCUCCCUCCUGGCUUCGUUGCCGGCGCAGUGGUUCUCAUCGCCGGCUUACUAAUGUACAGCCUUCCGCAGCCGCAAAAUUGUGGGAAAACCUUGGACAAGAGGAAUGACUAG